CGGCCAGGGCACUAUUGUUGAUGAGGCGGACGGACGCUGCGGAGGCAACGCGGGGUAUCCCGGGCUGGGCACGGCGGCCAGGAGGGCACGGGGCCGUUGCUGUUGCCGCCGCCUGAGGUGUCGGGCCCCCGCCAGGACCUGCCGGCGUCUUCCGCCUUCCCCGCCACCGACGGUCUUCCGCGAGCUCCGGCUCCCCGCGGACAAUGUCCCACCAGCGCGUGAGGCGCAACGGCUCCCCGACCCCCGCCACCUCCUUGGGGGGAGGAGGCGCGGCGGCGGCGGGCGGCGGCGCGGGAGCCGGCAGCCGCCUCCAGCCCAUGCGGGCCACGGUGCCCUUCCAGCUCAAGCAGCAGCAGCAGCAACAUGGCAGCCCCACGAGGAGCGGCGGCGGCAGCGCGAGCGCCCCGGGCGGGGGUCUGCCACGCGCGGCCCCCGCCUCGCGCAGUAUCAGCCCCACGCGAGCGGCGCCCACCGGCGGCGGCGGGCGCGGCGGGCCCGCCAUGGCCACGCAGACGCCGGGGGGAGGGGGAAGCGGCGGCGCCGCCGCCUCAGCGGCCGCCGCCGCCUCCUCCUCGCGGGGCAGCCCCACGCGUGCCGGCGGGGCGCGGGGGAGCCCCCCUCGACCCCACCACCUACCGCCGUCCCCGCCGCCGCUGGGCUGCGGGCCCUCACCUUGCUCUUCUCCGCUGCCUCCCCUGCCGGAGGGCAGCGCUACGGCGGCGGGCUGGGUCCGGCACCGGCGGCACUCGCCGGAGCAAGGCAGGAGCUCCCCGGAGAGGAAGAGCCCCAGCUCCCCCGGCUGCAAAGCUGACAAAUCAAGACCACCUUCAUCAAGUCCUUCCAGUAUUAUUCGCCGGACUUCCUCAUUGGAUACGCUUGCUGCUCCAUACCUUGCUGGACAGUGGCCUCGUGAUCAUCAUGGACAAGCUGCUCCAUGUAUGAGAGACAAAGCCACACAGACAGAAAGUGCCUGGGCUGAAGAAUAUUUAGAAAAGAAGAGGAGCUCGCACAAACGUUCAGCAUCAUGGGGCAGCAAUGAACAACUCAAGGAGAUUGCAAAAUUACGUCAACAAUUGCAGAGAAGCAAACACAGCAGUAGGCAUCAUCGUGAUAAAGAAAGACACUCUCCCUUUCAUGGUAACCAUGCAGCCAUUAACCACAGUCAGGCUCCCGUCCCAAAGAGUGCUCUUGUUCCUGUGGUACCUAUUGCCAAAUCAACAGGAUCACGAUUCCGAAACAGCAUAGAAGGACUAAAUCAGGAGAUUGAGAUAAUAAUUAAGGAGACAGGAGACAAAGAGGAACAGCUUGUUCCUCAGGAUAUUCCAGAUGGGCACCGCGCACCACCUCCAUUGGUUCAGCGUAGUAGUAGUACUCGCAGCAUUGAUACCCAAACGCCUGGUGGAGCAGACAGGGGCAGUAACAACAGCAGCCGCUCCCAGUCAGUAUCUCCAACCUCAUUUCUUACCAUCUCUAACGAAGGCAGUGAGGAAAGCCCAUGUUCUAUAGAUGAUCUUCUUGCUGAUUCCAGAGAUAAAGAGAAUGGGAAUAAUUCUCCCUUGCCAAAAUACGCUACCUCACCAAAACCCAACAACAGCUACAUGUUCAAGCGUGAACCUCCAGAGGGCUGUGAAAAGGUGAAAGUCUUUGAGGAAAGCUUGCCAAAGCCAUUGCAUGAAAUUCCAGCCUUCUACUGCCCUGACAAGAACAAAGUGAAUUUCAUUCCUAAAAGUGGCUCUGCUUUCUGUCUUGUCAGCAUCCUCAAGCCACUUCUUCCCACACAGGAUCUUACACUUAAGGGCACUGCACACAGCCUGACUGUUUCCUCCGGCAUGACAUCCAGUUUGUUACAGCCCAUUUCUAUGGCUUCCCUGUCUACAAACACAGAUCAAGACAGGAUCUCUCGUGGAACCAGUACAGUAAUACCACAGACCUCUAUACUCCAGCAAUCGGCACGUAUUGAGGAAGCUGAAGGAUAGAUUUAGAUUGUCUGGACGUUUUUCUGGGCAACUACUGGGAAAAAAUUGAACCAGUUGACUGGACAUUUGUGAUCACACUAUUUGCAUUGUUUUAACAAUUUAUGACACUGUCAUAAUUGAACUGUUUGUAUAUUUGACAGUUUGGUAGCACAUUGAGAAGUUCAGGAGGAUGCAGCAGCUGAUACUCUGUUGCACUUUCUGCUUAUGAAGACUCCAGUUCUGUUUCUCUCCUGAUUUUUUUAAACACUGGUGAAAAAUAGACUGUCAUAAUCCUUUGCAAUUUAAAGGACCAGUUGUUGUGAUGCUAUGUGUCCUUUGACUUUUUUUCCCAUUAAAACAAAAAUCUCAAGACCCCAACCAGCUGAUCCCAUUUACCGUUGUAACUGCAGAGGGGGGGUAAUCAGAUGGUUUUGCAAGAUGUCUUUUGUAUGAAAAUGUGUAUUUUGUAACAAAAAUUUGCCUUUUCUGGUGUGUAGCAGAUGGUGUUUAGAAGACACUUUCCUGGUAACGAUAUUUCUCUCCCUCCCCGUCCCCCCCCUUUUUUUUUUGUAGUGAAGGUUCUUUUUUACUUGGCUGUUUCACAGCUGCUGGGACCAAAGGAUUGCUGAAGUAUUUCAGCAGUCUCAAGUUAUGUGACCUUGCUGAACAGCCUCAGCCCUAAACAAAAUAAGUUAAUAUGUUUGAAACCUUUAAAACAGAAGAAUAUCCAAAAAGCAGUGUUAGCAUAUAGCAUAUGUUUUUUUUGAUAUCAGAAUUUUGUGCUUCAGGUAAGUCACAUUCUUAAAACUCCUUCCUUCACAGAAUUCCCACCAGUGUUGGUUUAUUGGCCGGAAAACUGCAUUUUAAAGCGCUUGCCCCAGUAUUGUUCUAUUUGUCCAUAGGAUUUUUGUGCAGGGGUGGGGAAAAAAAAGGUUAUCCUCUUGCUCUGUAUUCUUUCUUCCAGAAAAUAUGCCACUUGCCUCUUACAGGCUUGUUUGGCUACUUACAGAGUUAGUCAGCCUGAAUCAUUAAUCACUCUUGACACAAAUUUGCUCUGACUUGACUCAUCACUGUAUUAUAGACCCUGGCCACAUGAUACUGAAAUAUCUGUGCAUGAUUUCCUUCCCCUUGUCAUAGUGGUGUUUUGUGUGUCCGUUGAAGGUGAUGGUUUGCCAGGCAUGGUAUCUGUUACACGGAAGUUUACAGCAGCAGAUACAUUCUCCUUUUUUGACUAGCAACUUAGACUGGCAUGUAGAACAGAGGACUUUUUUGACACCUGGUCUGUUCUGAUAUGCAGCAGUUUAUGAUCCUUUUGAAAUAAUAAUAACAGAUGAAAAUGGUGGGGGGGAAGGCAGUUGCAAACGGAAACUGUUCAGGAACCUCACUGAGGUUUCUCCUGUGUUCCUGGAGCGUGUUACUUGGGUUUGAGUAAAUACAAUAUAAAUAUGCAAAAAAAACUGCAGUGACCUGAAUACCAGUGUCUUACCCAUUUAUAAAACAAGUUGACCUUGUACCUCUCUUACAGAGUUAGAUUCAGUAAUUUCAAAGUAAGCGUCAUCAUGGACAGUCUCUGGGUCUGAAUAUUGGUCUGUUACACAUGAACAGUUCUCGCUGGCUUGCAUAUACGUAGAUUCCAUGGAUCAGUUGCAUACUCAGGUCCCUUCAUAACUGUGUCUAUUUAAAGAUGAUACUGCAAAUAUAACAAUUUUCUUCAUUGCUUAAUAUGCUAAAUUUGGUUGCAAAUGUUUUACUUGGGAGAAAAGAAAAAAAACCCUUCAUACCUGUGCACAUAAUAGUCAUAGUUUUGCACAUUUCUUGUUCCUUUAAAUCCUACCUAAAUAACUGAUAGCAAUGUACUUUACUCAGUAAGUAAGUGUAAAUCAUGCUAGCAUGCACAAGUCCUGUAUUCAUAGUAUAAUGAAUCCCUUUUUAAAACGUUACGCAAAAAUUCAGCAAAUGAAAAAUGUUCCAGGAAGUAUUAAAAUAUUAGACCUGUUAGACUAGCAAACAAGCAAACUUUGGUUUACUGUCUGUCUUCCCAUCGAAAUAGAUAGGAUUGUGCAGGUGGGACUAAAGAACUCUGUUUUGAAGUAACAGCUCUGAUUUACACUGAAGAAGUUGUUGAGGGACAGAGUUUUAAAAUAAGCGUCUUUGUGCAUCAGACUCAGUAAUUUGGCCAGUUGAUAAUUCUUUUCUAGGUUUUGUGGAUGUUAAUUAGUUCCUUCUGAAACGGUGCGAUUUGAAGUCUAAAAUUUACUGCUUUAGAUAGGUUUGUUUAAACCUGGUAUGACUGGAUUCAUGGAAGAUCAGAUCAUUCAGGUGCAGGAGUGCUUGUAAGUCUGUUUUCUACUUCUGUAACAGUAGCAUGUAAAGAGCUUCUCCAUCAAUGCCAAACUGCCUAGUGCUUUAUCAGGAGAUCUUAACUGAAUGGUUAAGAACUAAAGGGCUAAAGUUAACAAAUAGCCUUUACUACAGCCUUGAGACUUCACCAAAACUGCAUUCUGAUGUUUGUUUUCAUCACAGAGUGACUCUCCCAUAUAGCACUGAGCUUUCUUUUGCACCUGUUGUAGUAGUACUUGAGCAUCUUUUUGGUAGUUUACAUUGUAUGUUAUUGGACAAUGUGCUGUACAAAUUAGUGAGCUGCUCUGAUAAAAACCAAAUGUAAAUGUGUGAGGUUUUUGCUUUUUAUAAAAACAAACUGCAUUCAGGACAACAUUCAGUCUUUUUUAUAUGUAGGACAACUCUACUAUUGCUGUGGCAGCUCUACUUUAUUAUGAAUUCACACUAAAGACUCAGAAUUAAGAAAAUAUGACAGCUCUUGUUCCGAGACCAGCUUUUACAUGUAUGCAUACAAAAAUUAGCCUUAAACUUUUUAUGUGCUGUCUUGCGCCAUAGCAGAGCUGUUAGAUAAAGUAUUUAAAUCAAUUUCAAAAUAGCUUUGAGAGUGCAUGGAGCUUUUUAAAAAUUCUUCUAUGUAUAGAGUGGGAUAUUCAGGUUUUUUUGGGGGUUGACCCACGCAUUACUCAAGCACAGUUUUACUGAAGGAGUUCAAGUUCUUUUGACAUACUUUAAAUCCUAACUAUGCAUAGACCUAGUCAGUUCCUUGAUUGCCUACUUUGUAGCUUAAGAAAAAUUAAAGGUCUGUUUUUAUGCACAACUUGAAACACUUGAUACUCUUUUUUUCUCGGUAUUUUACACUUCUAGCCACACUUAAAGGCUGGUGGCAGCGUUCAGUAACACUGACAGUUGAUUUUUGAGAUACACUAAAUGGUGUUCCUCCAUUUGCCAAUUCUAUGUAAGUCACAAGGAAGGAGGUCAUUGUUGUAAUGAAGGUCUGUGAUGGCAGCUAUGACUACUGGAAUCCUUUUUUUUUUAAAAACUCAAGGCACAAGGGAAGAGGACUUCUUUGUUAAAGUUUGACCUGCUUCAGCUAUUCUUUCCUUGCUUGGUGCCAUAAUCCUGUAGCAACAAACUUAAGUACUUGGAAAAGUAACAGAUAAUACUUGAGUACAUGUAUCUUGGAAAGAAAUUAUUGGUUGCACGUACAUAUCCCAAGUGAGGAAAAAAGGGAGUAAAAAUGAAAUAUUGCAUACUGUGGAAGUAAAUGAUUGCUAUGUUUGAUUUAUGUAAAGCAAUAGCAGCUCUUAAAAAGUAUGUUUACUCUCAGGGCUAUUUUUUGGUUUGUUCUAAAAUAAAAUUUACUGGAAUUCAGAAUCUGAGAUUGUUGGAAAACACUGAAGCUGAGCCUUUUGGGAAGCAAAAACAAAGUUGUAUCCAUUAACCUUUCUUCUGCCUCGGGCCUAAUGCCUUGUUGCAUACUGAGUUUAACAGGAUUCAGUGGCACAGCAAUAAUUCCUUGCGGAAGUAUUAUCUGUUCUCUUCCUGCCAUCUUUGAAAUGCUAAUUGAUGUCUUCACAGUAACUCACUGCCAGUGAUGUCCAUAGUUCCUUCCUGAAUGUUUCCUUGCUUGCCAGCUUCUCUGCGAAGGAGAAUGUCACCAGAGACUUGCAGUUACAAAGACCAGUGCUGCAGGGUGACUUGUUAGGUAUCUCGAUUUAAGUUUGGCUCAUCGUGUGCAUGCACACAUACUGUCUGUGUAGGUCUGCUGCUUUUUUCUUUAUGGUUUGAGGCAGGACUGGUAUUUGUAAGAAUCUUUCUUUUAUGGACAGACUUGCACAGCUGUUCUCAUCCAGAACUGAUGCGCCUUUACACAUAUCUCCAAAGCAAAGCUUGUGUGUCAUUCUUACUUCUCAUGAAAUUAUGUCAUGAAACAACAUAAAAGCAUCCAAACCCUUGAGAAUGUCAGGACUGCUUUCUCCAUAUAAUUCCAUAGUUUAAGUGUGUGCCCGUCAUCAGAUGUCAUUAUGGCUUAGACCCAAACCAGGCUGGCAUGUAUUAAAACAAAUAUGUUCGCUCUUAGAAAGGUAAUAGAAGAUACGCCUUUUGUAACCUAGGGAGGUGAAAAGCACUGUGGAAGAACUGGUUUCAUUGUGAUCAAAGGGUUCUUACGGAAUUGUUUUUCUAUACCUGAUUAUGCAGGAAAACGAAAUGACCACUUAUUGCAAGAUGUACCUGUAUAUUUUCUUGAUGUGAGUUUCAGAGUGUUCAGCAACUCUGAAAAGCAGUUCUGCUCUUAGCGUUUUGUUUAUACAAAGAAUGACCUAGAUGCAUUGUUUUGAAACUGUUACUUUGGUGUCGAGUCAACUGGAGAGAGAAUGUUAACUAUUUGCAAGUGUUUUGUGAAAUUCCUGUCCUGUACCCCAGCUGAACUGCAACAGGCUCUUUCUGAAUGCUCCAAAUGUAAGUGGAGUCCUGUUACUGCCUGACUUCAUUGCAUGUCAUCAGUAAAUACUUAAGGUAUGGUCUUUGUUUAGUAGUUCUUCAUUGGGAUUUAUAUUUGACUACAGAAACUUCUGUAGUGUUGACAGCUCUAUCUGAAUUGCGGAAGAGGACUUGGCCUGAUAACACUGAAAACUAGCAUUUCCUACACAAUAUCCUUUUGAAACGACUCUUUGGGAAAACUUAGUAAGCUAAAAAAAUGAAAAACCUUUCUGGACAUCUCAUCCACCCUAAUCGUCAAUAUACUGAUAGUUAAAGAAAAAUAUUGCUUGGCUUUAUUCUAAAUUAUUUCAUUUAUGGAAAUGUGCCAUUUUUGAGGCUAGCAGUCAAGGGGUGUCUAAAACUGCCGUUAGAUUUGCCUUUGUAUGAAAUUGGCUGAUAUGUUUUCCUCUGUUACACUGUGAUAACUUGUGGAGGUGUUCCUGCGUAUGUUGUACUGAUAGGUUACUUGUUGCAUGUGAGGCAAUUUUUGUAAGCAAGAGGAAUUCCAGGGAUGUUGUGCAAAAAGGGCCUAUUCUGAGGUGAUGUACACUGGUGUAAAGCUGGAGCAGCUCAACUAAUUUCAAUGGAAUUCUCGAUUUACACUAGUCUCUUUGCUAUGUGUAGUUAUGCCAGUACUAUUUUGCACAAUGUUAUUUUGAAUCUUGAGUUCUGACUUGUGAACUGUUUCUACUGAAAACAGUGGAAAAUUUUACAAACUGCAAUAGUGGAAUGUUGUUGGGAUUUAUUUUUUUUUUUUUUUUGCCUAAAAUAAAACGUCAUCACUUUGA